CAAAUGUUGCGCAAGUGCCAACAGUCGCAAUGUUUGGAAUAUUCAACAAACCACAUGCCGAUCCCACUGCGCUGCCCAUGGCAGUGAGUCCUUGGCCAAUUACAAUUAUAGUCACUGCCUAUUUGCUGUUUGUGCUAAAGCUGGGCCGUCAAUAUAUGUCCAAGCGUGCAGCAUUUCAGCUGCGUGGAAUACUUCAAGUCUACAAUGUCGUACAGAUAAUCUUCAAUGCGCUGCUGUUCAUAGCGGUUGCCUAUGAGGUGUUUGUCUUAAGGCCUUACAAGCUCAGCUGCAUGACAGUGCUGCCCAUGGAUCAUGCGCUCAAGCAUUUUGAUCGACUCAUCGCCUAUGCGUAUUACAUCAACAAGGUGCUGGAUCUGCUGGACACCAUUUUCAUUGUGCUGCGCAAGAGCUACAAGCAAAUCUCAGUGCUGCAUUUGGUGCAUCACGUCUACAUGGCUUCCUUUAGCUACAUCUGCAUACGCCUGCAUGGCUAUGGCGGUCAUCUCAUCAUUACAACGCUCUUCAAUGUCAUGGUGCAUGUUCUAAUGUACUCCUACUAUUAUCUCUGCGCCCAGAAUCCGCAGUUCAAGCAGAGCAUUGGCUGGAAGAAAUAUAUAACGCUGGUGCAGAUGGCACAGCUGUUGACCAUUUUUGGGCACAGCGCCUGGACGGCCAUGCAGCCAGAUUGUGAGGUAUCUCGUUAUGUCAUCUGGCUGGUGCUCGUCAUGUCCAUGGCCAUAUUUCUCAUGUUCACCAACUUUUAUAUGCACGCCUACAUACUGCCCAAGCGGAAACCCCUAGAGCGGCGCAUGUAAUGUCAAGUGUAUGCUGCAGUUGGCAUUAUCAUCAUAACUACUUGUUCUAUGUUUAGUUUAAUGCAUGUGCAGCCAUAUUUGAACUUUGUUUAAGCACAAAAUGAAGCAAUUAACUUAAAUGCACACACAAAUGACAAUAGGCCCAGGCACAUACUACUACUAAGUACUAAGUCAAAGGGGGAGGCUGCUGCUGCUGCUGCUUAAAGCAAAUAACAAACGAUGCGCACUCAAAAGAUGAAACAUAAAAUGAAAACCCCCAGAAGACCAUAAAAAACACAUUGUGCCAAGGCGCACUUAAACCGAAACGAACGAAAAAAAUAAUAAUAAAAAUGGAACGCAGCACCACCUAACCCCCAUACCAUAUGGAGUUUGUAUGGAGCUAGUGGGGAUGGGGGGUCUGGCAACGCCAUAAAAAUUGCAACAUAAAAAUUAAACCACUAAACGUUGACUUUGAGGCGCUGAUAAUGUGCACAGUUUGCUUAAGUUUCAACAGACAAAUUUACAUACUACAGUGUACACUCAGUAAAGCAAAUUCAAAUUAAUUAAGAGCUGAAACAAUAACUAACCAAGUAUGCCAUGGUUUUUGUUUUAUCAGCUAUAGAAUGUCGUAAGCAGCUGCUAAAUAAUUUGAAUUAAUUGUAUUAAAAUUAAGAGCGAGCGAUGAGGUUUGGGAUAUGGCAGCAGAGGCCUUCAGCUCAGGAUUUACAAUAUAUUUAGUAUUUUCUUAUUUCUGUCUAGGUAAGGUAAUCUACUUAAGGAUAAAUUAUAUAAGCUGGUAUACAUAAG